AUGGUCCCACCUGACGCCGCCGACGCCACACUUCCGUCCGCCGACGAGCUCCGCGCCGAGGAGGAGGCGAGGCAUAUGAGGCGUGAGGCGGAGAUCGAGCGCUCGUGGAGCAAGGAGGUCGUAGUGGAAGGCGGUGGGCGGCAGGCGUGGCCGGGCGCUCGAGCGACGCUCCACGUCGUCAGCACCGUCGUCUCGUCUCGCUCGGGCGAGGGCGUCGGCUCUGUCUUUGAGGACAGCCGCCCUCUCGGCGUGCCGCGGCUGCUGCUGCUCGGCCGCGGUAUCCUCGUGCCAGGCCUCGAGCGCGCGGUCGGCGGGAUGCGCGAGGGCGAGAGUGCGCGCGUCGUCGUGCAGCCCGAGGGUGCGUACGGCGACGCCGGCUCGCCGGCGGCGCCUCGCGUGCCCGGCUCUGCCGUCGUCACGUACGAGGUCGAGCUGGUGAAGCUCGAGGAGGAGGCGGAGCUGUGGGACCUCUCCUUCGACGACAAGCUGCGCCUCGCCGCCGAGCGGCGCGAGCGCGGCAACGCACUCUACCGCGGGCUCGCCUUCGCGGCGGCGGACGAGGAGUACGAGCAGGGGAUGCGGUACCUCGUCUACAUGCCCCAGCCCGAGGACGGCCAGCUGGCGCCACUCGAGGAGGCGACGGUGCGGAUGCAGCUCAACCUGUGCGCCGCCAAACUGCGCACCGGCCGCGAGGCGGCCGCCCUCGCCCACGCCGACAAGGUGCUCGAGCUGAGGCCGGAGCACCCUAAGGCGCUCUACCGCAAGGGGCAGGCGCACACGCAGCUGGGCGCGUACGCGGAGGCGUCGCUCGCGCUCACCCGCGCAAAGGCGGCGGCCGAGGCCGAGGCGGACAGCAGCGCCGCCGCCGCCGUCGAGAAGGAGGAGGCGCGCCUCGCCGAGCGGCGGCAGCGGCACGCGAGGCAGCGAAAGGCGGCGUACCGGAGGAUGGUCGGCGGAGGGGCGGGUGAGGCCCGAGGCGAGGCAAACGCCGAGGCGGCCGAUCAACCGCGGGCGGCGGCCGGCGGCGGCCUCCGUGUUGGAGUGGCGGCCGCCGUUUUGGUUGCGGCCGGCGCGGUGGCGCUCGCUGCGGCAGCUUUAGCUAGCAGCUGGGGC